GAGACUUGUUUUCCUCGCUUGGGACCACCUUUUCAUCAAUCAAGUAGGGAGGGGGACACAACAAGGACAUCAACUUUUUUGCGCAAGAUUAUUGGAGUUAUUUCAUACCGGGAUUUCUUCCAAGGAGCAUUCAUUUGCGGAUUAUUAUUAUUUUUUUGACAAGUACAUUUCUAAUUUAACAACAGAGGCGCGCAUGGGAGAAUAGAAGACAAUCAUCAGGAAAGUGAAUUCGGACUUAAGGAAGAAACCGUCAAACUUUCCCCAUGAUUUUUUGAGUUGAGCUACAGCAACCUGUGGGGCUUUGAGUGCUUGUUUUGAACGGGCUGUCAACACAAUGGGACGCCUGUGUCUGACCUUGGUUGUCACUCUCUCCCUUUUCACCUGCCAGGUUUUGUGCUCAGGGGUGUUUGAGCUGAAGCUGCAGGAGUUUCUAAACAAGAAAGGGGUGGCGGGGAACGCCAACUGUUGCCCCGGCGGCGGCUCGGCUCAUCGGCCGGGCCACCAACAGUGCGAGUGCAAGACUUUCUUUCGAAUCUGUCUCAAGCACUACCAGGCUAACGUGUCCCCCGAGCCCCCAUGCACAUACGGCGGAGCGGUGACCCCAGUUCUGGGCUCCAACUCCUUCCAGGUGCCGGAGACCAACGCGGACACCUUCACCAAUCCGAUCCGCUUCAAUUUCGGAUUCACGUGGCCGGGGACAUUUUCACUGAUCAUUGAGGCUCUGCACACAGACUCCCUGGACGACCUGGCAACAGACAACCCAGAGCGCCUCAUCAGCCGCAUAACCACUCAACGUCACCUGACAGUGGGAGAAGAGUGGUCCAAAGACAUGCAGACGUCUAGCGGGACGGAGCUACGUUACUCUUAUCGAUUCCUGUGUGAUGAACAUUACUAUGGCGAGGGCUGCUCCGUGUUCUGUCGGCCCCGAGACGAUGCAUUCGGACACUUCACCUGUGGAGAGCGUGGCGAGAUCAUUUGCAACUCUGGCUGGAAGGGACAGUACUGCACUGAACCAAUUUGUCUUCCUGGCUGUGAUGAAAAUCAUGGCUUUUGUGAGAAACCUGGAGAAUGCAAGUGCCGUGUGGGAUUCAGUGGUCGUUACUGUGAUGAUUGUAUCCGUUACCCUGGCUGCCUCCAUGGUACGUGCCAACAACCCUGGCAAUGUAACUGCCAGGAGGGUUGGGGUGGCCUCUUCUGCAACCAGGAUCUGAACUAUUGUACACAUCACAAGCCUUGUCUCAAUGGUGCCACCUGUACCAACACUGGCCAGGGCAGCUACACAUGCUCCUGUCCACCUGGCUAUACAGGUGCCAGCUGUGAGAUCGAGGUCAAUGAAUGUUCUGGAAACCCUUGUCGCAAUGGUGGCAGCUGCUCUGAUCAUGAUGGUGGAUAUAAGUGCACCUGCCCACCUGGUUUCUAUGGCAACAACUGUGAGUUGAGUGCCAGUAGCUGUGCGGAUGGGCCUUGCUUCAAUGACGGACGUUGUGUUGAUAACCCUGAGGGGGGCUACUUCUGUCAGUGCCCCACAGGAUACGCCGGAUUCAACUGUGAAAAAAAAAUUGACCACUGCUUGUCCAACCCCUGUUCAAAUGGUGCAGAAUGUGUGGAUUUAGUCAACUCUUACCUCUGUCAGUGUCCUGAAGGGUAUUUUGGUACCAACUGUGAGGACAGUAGCAGCAGCAGCCUCUCUGGACACUGUCAGUCUUUUCCUUGUCAGAAUGGUGGAACAUGCCAAGAGGGAGCCAAUGGCUACACAUGCAAUUGUCCUCCAGGGUACACCGGCAAAAACUGCAGUUCCCCCAUCUCCCGCUGUGCUCACAAUCCUUGCCACAAUGGAGCCACCUGCCAUGAACGUGGCAACCGCUUUGUGUGCGCCUGUGUGCCAGGCUACGGUGGGCACAACUGCCAGUUCCUCUUACCAGAAGUCCCCAAGGGUCAGCCAGUGGUAGAUGGACCAGACAGACGAUAUUCCUCCCUGGAAAGUGACAUUUUUGACGAUACUGACAAUGACGACAACGGCUUCCCCUGGACAGCAGUGUGCGCUGGCAUCUUCCUCGUUCUCGUGAUUCUCAUAGGUUGCUCUGUUUUGGUAGUCUAUGUUCGAGUCAAACUGCAGGAUCGGCAAAGUCAUCGCAGUGACAGCGUCCGUAGCGACAGCCACGAGACGAUGAACAAUCUGACGACCACCAACAACUGCCUCCGGAGUGAUAAGGAGCUGGGUGCUGUAAUGACAACAUCCAUUAAAAACACAAACAAGAAGGCAGAGUACCAUUCUGAGCUGGCUGGUUCGCUUGGUGGUCUGAGUGGGAUUGGUGGGCUCAAUGGACUUGGUGGAUCAGAGAAGCAUGGAUUCAAGACUCGCUACUCCAGUGUGGAGUACAAUCUCGUGCAUGAGCUGCGGCCUGAGGAGGUGUCACUGUGUAAACAGGAGGACCAUGAUGGGCCUGAGGUGAAAUGUGAGAUGCUGGAAGAGUCUGAUACAGAAGAAAUAUCAAGAAAAAGACAAAAUAGUGACGCUUCAGAAGAGAAACAAGUGGAAGAGUCGCUGAGCUGCAGCGAAGCAAUGUAUCAAUCAUCCUACGAUCUGAACCAACAUGCCGGCAGUGAUCUUAAAUACCAAUCCUCAAGUGAUGUCAAAUACCAAUCAAGCUGUGAUGUAGAAUGUCAAAGCGGGGCCAGCGGUGUCAGCAAGUACCAGUGCACCACAGACACCAAAUACCAGUCAGUGUACGUAAUAUCAGACCAGAAGGACGAGUGCUUAAUCGCCACAGAGGUAUGAUGCCUAUCUGGACCAAUCCUAACCAGGUCCUUCUGGAUAAUGAUGGUCCUCGCUAACCCUGAGCAGUACAGCUCAGCUUGUCUCCGGGAGGUUUUACUCCUGCGGUUUGCUGCUGUUCCCUGGAAUGUACCGAAGGAUCCUGGAGCCAAGGUGCCGCUGAUCCAGUACAGUCAGUGAAUAUUGGACAAUGCUGACAUCAAAUGAGGAUGUUGGACUCAUACCUGAUGCUCAGCGCUAUGAAGUACCUUCCAAGCACCUGAAAUGCUGCAGGCCUAUUUCAAAUUUGAAACAACAAUGGACUGUACUGUAUACUCCUGCUAUUCGGUGACUUUUGCUGAAGAAUUUUGGAAGAGCGCUAAAAUGAAAUAUUGCCAUCACUGUGGAUUCCAUUCCUUUUGGAACAAGGAAACAGUGACCCGGAUGAUGAAAUUGUAGUACCGUGGAGUACUGAUUGAUUGAACAGAGUAGUACCUAUGGAGUACUGAGAACUUAUGUGUUGUAGUACUGUACUAUGUGCUAUGGUUAUUACAGUACAGUGUCAAAGCUGUCAUAGAUGACAGUGCAUGUUCUGUGCGGUGCUGCAGAGGACAGAGUGUAGACAUGGCAAGGGUAGAAGCCAUUCCAAGGCACAGUAGUCACAGCUGUAGCCAAUUUCUUAAAAGACAACAAACAAGUGUCAAGAACACAAGUGGGCCGAAUUCACAUUUUUAAGUCUGCAGCACUGAUGGACUGUCGGCUGAGCUGGUUCUCAGCAGAGCUUAAAGAACUGAAGACUCCAAUAGUGACUGCAUCGAUCCGACAUGGAUCCUGUUGGGCCAUACUGGCCCCUGACCCUGAAGGUUGAGAUAUACAACGCAAUGUUUUUGGCAAAACAUUAAUAAGAAGAAUUUACAUGCUAAAAGUCACUGAAAAUAAUCAAACAUAGUUCAUGGGAUGCUUUAUUACCAUUGUAGAGUUCUUUCUCCCAAAGUCUGGUGCUGUUUUGUGUCUAUGUCAAGCUAUGAAGGAUUCGUCCGAACUGCCAAGACCUCAUUGCACUAUGGGGGUGUAUGUGUGUAGCAUAUGUUUAUGAGAGUGUAUGAGAACAGAUGAGGUAACCUCUGCCUCCGCCUGUUAGCCAGUCAUCAAUUAGCUACCAUCACCCUUGCCUGCUCACUGUUUGUUAGCGUCAUGUGAUUCAUGUUUUUAAUCUUAUUUUUUAUUAUUGAAACAAAGAUGUUCUUUUAAUUUAAUUAUUGUUAUUUGUGUUACAAUUUGGUGUGGUAUUCUGUGUUAUAAUUUAAGUUUGACUGUUUUUUAAUUUGACAUAAUGUCUGUGUGUGGAUGUGUGUGUGCAUGUACUGUAUGUAUGCAUAUAUGUGUGUAUGUUUGUGUUAGGCACUUGAGACCACUGUGACUGUCUUGUAUUUAAAAGAGAUGUUGUAUGUACAGAGCCUGUCAUUUUUAUUACUG